UAUCUGUGUUGAGGUGGGUGUGUUUUGGGUAGGAAUUAGAUGCGAUAUUGUUUUUAUUUGCGCAGAAGUGAAUUACGCGACGAUGUGUUUGGUUUAUCAUAAUUUAACUGUUCGUUUCUCGUAUUAAGUGAUACUAUCAACGAAUGUGAAAUUCGGUACUUUUGUUGAAGUGUAGAAUCGUGAUUGUGGUCACCAUGCCGGGUGUAAUAGGCAUCGGUGAAUUUAUUGAGGAAACUCGAGAGGAUUACAAUUCACCAACCACUUCGACGUUCGUGUCUCGUAUGCCACAAUGUCGGCAAACCAUCUCGGCUUUGGAAGAGACAUUGGAUUUCGACCGGGAUGGCUUAACAAAACUUAAGAAGGCGAUAAAAGCGAUUCACAACUCUGGAAAUGCCCACGUGGACAAUGAGAUGUACCUCUCCCGGGCGCUGGAGCGUCUGGGAGGGAACGCACUCAGUAAGGACUCGGAGCCAGACAUCGGCGCCGCCUUCUUCAAGUUCGCCGUCGUCACCAAAGAACUGUCGGCGCUUAUGAAAACACUGAUGCAGAACAUAAACAACAUAGUGAUGUUUCCCGUAGACAGUCUGCUAAAAGGAGACUUGCGAGGAGUUAAAGGCGACCUAAAGAGGCCGUUCGACAAAGCGUCCAAAGACUACGAGUCCAAGUACCUGAAGAUUGAGAAGGAGAAGAAGUCACAGGCGAAGGAAGCUGGUCUCAUCCGGAGCGAGGUGACGCCAGCAGAAAUCGCAGAUGAAAUGGAAAAAGAACGGAGACUCUUUCAGUUACAAAUGUGUGAGUACCUGAUAAAGUUCAACGAAAUAAAGACGAAGAAGGGGAUUGAACUGUUGCAACACUUGGUGGAGUACUAUCAUGCGCAGACGAACUAUUUUCAAGACGGUUUGAAGACGAUUGAGCACUUUGGUGUGUAUGUUGCGGACUUGAGCGUUCAGCUUCAGAAGAUAAGGCAGCAACAGGACGACGAGAGGCGGAGGCUUCUCGAGCUCAGGAACAUGUUGCGGGCAGCCGCUCCUCAAGACAGGGAGGUGGCAUCAGCAGUGGGGGGUUACUCGCUCCACCAGUUGCAGGGGGACAAACAGCACGGGGUGACACGGAGCGGGUAUCUCCUAAAGAAGUCAGAAGGAAAAGUGCGGCGGGUGUGGCAGAAGCGUCGGUGCCGAGUGACAGCAGAGGGGUUUCUAGACAUCUUCCACGCAGAUGAGAAUAAACCACCAGCUCGGGUGAAUCUACUCACCUGCCAGAUUAAAGUCGCGGCCGAGGAUAAGAGGGCGUUUGAUCUAGUCUCAUACAACCGUACCUACCACUUCCAAGCGGAAGACGAGAGUGAACAACGUGCGUGGACGUCAGUUCUGGUCAACUGCAAGGAAGGCGCUCUCAUGAGAGCCUUCCACCAACAAGCGGGGGAGAGCAACGACACAGGGCACUCUCUGUUGGACCUACAAAGGUCCAUCAUACGGGCUGUGAGGGCCAUGCCUGGCAACCAGGUGUGUGCCGACUGCGGGUCUACUAAUGAUCCAACGUGGUUAUCAACGAAUUUCGGUAUAAUAGUGUGUAUAGAGUGUUCUGGAAGCCACAGGGAGUUGGGCGUGCACAUAUCUCGAAUACAAUCGUUAACGUUAGACCGACUGAGUACGUCACAGCUGUUGUUAGCGCGACACAUGGGCAAUCAGAUGUUCAAUGAAAUCAUGGAAAAUACGCUCGACGACAGGGAUAAACUUACACCGGAAAGUACAAUGGAGGAGCGCCUCAGGUUUAUUCGCGAAAAGUACGUGUACCGGGUGUACGCGGCGCGCACGUGUCGCGACGCGGCCGAGCGUCUAUCCGAGGUCGAGCACGCCGUCAACAACGGACAUCUGCAGAACUUGCUGCAGGCCUACGCCGAGGGCGCCGACUUGGCCGCUACCCUACCCUGCUCCGAUUGCGGCGAAACAGCUCUCCACCUAGCCAUAUCUCGGGAACUGGGCGACGGUUCAUUCCUUCACAUAGUCGAUUUUCUAGUCCAAAACGGGGGUCCCCAACUUCUUGACAAAGCCACGACCACGGGGAUGACGGCGUUACAUUUGUGUGCGGCCACGGAUAGAUCGGAGCCUAUGAAACUGUUGUUGAAAGCGGGGGCUGAUACGAGCGUGAAGGAUGGCAGUGGACGGACCGCCUUGCAGAUCGCAAGGCAGUUGGGGCAUCACGCUUGCCAAGAGCUGUUGGAGAGUGUAGAUAAAAGAGAGAAGAGUAUGUUCGAGAAUAUAAAUAUAGACUGGAAUUUAUCACAUGACGACGGAUCGACGGACUUCUCAGACGAUGACACCGUCAUUGACGAACGGCAAAACGGCAGCGUGACACCAGAGAAGAAAUGUCCGCGGUCUCGCCCGCCGUCGUACGUGGGAGGCCCGCCGCCCGGCGCGGAGCGCGCGGGGGGUGACUCGCCCGUGCUGCGCUCGCGCUCCUCCACGUGUGACUCGCUGCACCACGCGCCGCCCACGCCCACCACGCUGCCUAGGAAACCCAAUGUUUACAACAUCGGCAGCCUAAAGAAGCGCGCGGCGCCCCUCCCCCCGGCCGUGGCGCUCCCCCACCCGCCGCCGCACCCGCGGUCUACGCCCUCUCCAUCCGCUGAUAGCGCGCGGUCGCUACAUCUAACAAACACGCUGGUCAAGAACCGUCCGCAGCAGCCGCCGCCGACGCCGCCGCCCGUGGCGCCGCUACACAACGGCGCGCACCGCGACGAGCCCACGCCGCCGCCGAGAAAAAAGAAAAAUAGAUUGCACCUGGAAAAGGCGAAAGCGAAACUGAGAAGGGAGUGUUCUAGUCAAGAUUCGUCGUUGGAGCUGUGCGACAUAUCGGACGCUCUGGACGACAGUCGCGGGCAGUCGGCGCUGUCGUGCGACAGCAGCCGCUCGCGGGAGCGCUCGCGCCGCAGCGAUAGCCGCUCGCUCGAUGUCUCCGACACCUCCAGUGUACAUUCGCGGUCGCCCUCUGCUUCUAUUACUAUGGUGGGCGGCAUGAGACGGUGUCGAGCACUGUACGAUUGCUCGGCGGACAACGAGGACGAGCUAUCAUUCCGCGAGGGAGAGGUCAUUGUGGUGAUCAACGAGCGCACAGAGGACGACAACUGGAUGGAAGGACAAGUGGAGGGCACGACCCGCCGCGGCAUGUUCCCUGUCUCUUUCGUGCACAUGCUGCCCGAUUAGGGCGACAGAGACGACCAGCCGGACUGCGUUUAGUCUUCGUUGCGAAACUAGAGUGUUCAUAAAACUCGUUCGUUACUUUACCAGCUCAAUAUAAUUUAAGUCGUAAAAUCUCUUUUCCAAUAUGUUCGAUAUUUCGUCUGCGCUGUUGUUUUGUUUUUCUAUUUAGCCCUCUAUGUUGUUUACCAUCGUCGAUUCCGACUAGCCAGCUAUUGUAGAGUAUAAGCGUGAGGGUUGUAUCGUGUCUAAUAAUCUCGAUUAGGUAUAGACGCUAGAUUCAGUUGGGUUCUAUUGACGAGUCUGAUCAGAUUCAGUGUUCAAUAUUUGUAAAUUGACAUCAGUGCAAGGUGUAGGCUAGAGAUAUAUGACUGGAAUCUAAGAACAAAGUAUUGUAUAAGUUUGGCCUAAAGCUAACGGAAUUCGUUUGAAAAGCUAUGAGCUUAUUUACUCUAGCGUUUUGUAUUAUUCAGUAUUCGAUCGCAAAUCUGUUUUAUAUACAUGGUUACUGUUGCAAAGUAUUUUAUUGAGAUUUACAGAAUACAUCUCUCUUAUUCGAACUGUCAUAAUAACUUCCAUGUUGUAGAAGAUGAUAAGAUUAUUUUCACACUUGAAGAAAUUUGAUAUAAUAAUAUCAACAUUGUACGAUUGUUUUUAUACAUGAAUUUUAAUACUCAUAAAUUUUAACCAUUCCUCUUUUGAAUCUACCGUUUCUUGAUAUGAAUGUUGUAGGUUUCAGUAGUGAUAGAUUCUCUGGUGAAUGCUUCAAAAUUAAGACUAAUACUUUCAAGUUUAUAAAUGAUAAGCUUUAGUAUUGUUGAGAACACCAAUAUUUACUGUAAGUUUGCCAUUAGCUAGUCCGUCCCUUGCGGGGUUUUACUUCAAUGUUCAACGUGACACAUCAUCGCGGGCUUUUUCAAUUUCGUAUACUUCCUUUGUCUAAUAAAAUAAGUAAAAUUUUAUCGUAGUGACUCUAUAGAUUUGUAGACAAGAAUAGCAAAACGAGAAAUCACAAAAUGCUCAAUGGAUAUCGUCAAAAUACAAUGCAAUAAUAAUCAAUGAAUGAAAGUCAAUCUAAAUGAUAUUUAAGAGAUUAUAAUUUACUUGUUCAUGUAGUGAUUGUUACUUAGCGAUUAACAUUCGUGUGUACAGCUCAGAGUGAUUGCCAAAAAUAAUUAUGUGAUCUGUAGAUGAGAUUUAUAUCAGCGACAAAUGACUAUCGGACCAGUGACUGUUUGUUGCCUAGUUUGUUCUUGUAGUCGAUAUUGAGGUGUCUUAGAUUGUUGGUGCAUGCUGUCUAUAGAGAUGUUAGUGGGACCAUAGCCUUGCACCCCCAACAAUAAAAUUGUUUUUAUAAAGAAACUAUUCCCGUAUUUCAAAAUGAAAUUUAUUUUUUAAUUAGAACUUGGACCAAAGACACCUGGAAACUAUUUAUAUAUUUUUUAUUGUGUGCAAGACUAUGGCCCCACUCAAUUCAAAUAUCUUUGAAAAUUGUUAUUUCAUGUGAAAUUUUAACAAUAUUUCCGUUUUCAGAUACAAAAUAACACAUAAUGCAGUAUUCUUAAGUGAUAUAGCUGUCGGAAAAACAACUCGUUCAUUAUAAAGUAGAUAUUUAAAUCUGUACCCACUUAGCAGGUUAUAGUAGUUAUAAAUUAUGAUGAACAUUUAUAAUAAUGUAAUCAUUCAAGUUAUGAAUAGAAUUCUGUCCACCAAUAGGUGUGUUGAUCGCAGUAUCUGUUAUAAUGUGAUUCAUGCAACGUGUCUAAUCUACACAUUCCCAGCCUAUAGUUGUUUAGUUUUCUGUAAGUAUAUUAAGUUGAUGAUCCUAAUGUAUGUAGGUCUUUAUUGUAAGUGAUCACAUUAUACCCACAUUUUGUAUAGUUACCUACAUUACCGCGCUCGUUGCCAUAAAUUAGUAUUACUGAGUAUUGAGUAGAAAUGUAUUGUCAUAAGUUGCGUACCCUCGGCUUCCGAUCUAUAUUGAGUUAGUGUAUGAGCGUCAAACUACACUUUCGUUUGACGAUAGGCUGUUAACAUUUUAAUAAUUUGCCAUUUGUAUGCAACAGCGAUCCUGUAAAUAGAUGUAGCAUAGCGCGUAACUUAGCCGAGUAGGGAUCCAUAAAUUAUUUUAUUGAUUUUAAUAUUAGUUAGAAAAGUACUGACUUAAAAGUUAAGUUCAGUACUUUUCUAAUUAUUUUACGACUAUUAAACAUUUAUUUAUUUAAUAUAUUGCAAAAAUCUUAUUGUGAUGAUAUAUUUUAAUGCCAUUUUAGCCUGUCAGUAUGUUACUUAUUGAAGUUGUGUAACCAAAUGAUGCUAAUAGUGUGUAAGAUGUUUCAUUCUUUGUAGUAUAAUUGGGAGUUGUAGGAGGAAUAGUUUUUUCUAUUGUGUAUUAUGUGAAUGGAAAUCUGUAUGAAUUUAUUAAUACAUCACCUCGAUGUCUA